AUGUCUGCCAACGGCGACCCCAAAUACGACGACAUCGAGUCAGAGUCCGACUCUGGCGAGUCUAUCAACAACCCCAACGAUAUUGGUGACGAGAAGCCCAUCAAGUCAGCACUGAAGAAGACUGUCAACCCUGCAAUCGCAGAGCAGCCCGCCACAAAGCCUCCUCUGCCCCCGCAAACCGACCCCAAGGAUCUUGAUGUCGCCAGCUUAACACCCCUAACCCCCGAAAUUAUCGCCCGCCAAGCGACCAUCAACAUUGGAACGAUUGGCCAUGUCGCUCACGGAAAGUCCACCGUGGUCAAGGCUAUUUCUGGUGUCCAGACUGUCCGUUUCAAGAACGAGUUGAUCCGCAACAUUACUAUCAAGCUUGGUUAUGCCAACGCCAAGAUCUACAAGUGCGACAACCAGGCCUGCCCCCGACCAACGUGCUAUCGAAGCUACAAGAGUGAGAAGGAGGUUGAUCCUCCCUGUGAGCGAGAUGGAUGCACCGGAACCUACCGAUUGUUGCGACACGUCUCAUUCGUCGACUGCCCCGGUCACGAUAUUCUGAUGAGCACCAUGUUGUCAGGUGCCGCCGUCAUGGACGCCGCCCUCCUUCUUAUCGCUGGCAACGAAUCUUGCCCUCAGCCCCAAACCUCUGAACACUUGGCAGCCAUUGAGAUUAUGAAGCUGGACAAGAUCAUCAUUCUGCAGAACAAGGUCGAUCUGAUGAGGGAAGAGGCUGCCCAGCAACACUACGAGUCGAUUCUCAAGUUCAUCCGUGGUACCGUUGCUGGAAAGUCCCCUGUCAUUCCCAUUUCUGCCCAGCUCAAGUUCAACAUUGAUGCCGUCAACGAGGCCAUUGUCAACACCAUCCCUGUUCCCCCUAGAGAUUUCUCCAUUGACCCUCACAUGAUUGUCAUUCGAUCCUUUGACGUCAACAAGCCUGGUGCUGAGAUUGAUGACCUGAAGGGUGGUGUUGCCGGUGGUAGUAUCCUGCACGGUGUUGUCAAGUUGGGUGACGAGAUUGAAAUCCGUCCUGGUAUCGUGUCUCGCGAUGACAGCGGUGCCCUCAAGUGCACACCCAUUUUCAGCAGAGUCGUAUCUCUGAACUCAGAAGCCAACGACCUGAAGUACGCCGUCCCCGGAGGUCUGAUCGGUGUUGGUACCCGUAUCGACCCCACCCUCUGCCGAGCUGAUCGCCUGGUCGGUUUCGUGCUGGGUCUCAAGGGCCGCCUCCCCGAAAUCUACAGCGAAAUCGAAGUCAACUUCUAUCUCCUCCGUCGCCUGCUGGGUGUAAGGACCGCCGACGGCAAGCAGGCCAAGGUUGCCAAGCUGGCCAAGAACGAAGUCAUCAUGGUCAACAUCGGUUCCACAUCCACUGGUGCCAAGAUUGCCGCCAUCAAGCAGGAUGCCGCCAAGCUCGUGCUUACCAGCCCUGCUUGCACCAACAUUGGCGAGAAGGUUGCUCUGAGCCGUCGUAUCGAGAAACAUUGGCGUCUCAUUGGUUGGGCUACAAUUGCUGCUGGUGUCACCUUGGAACCUAGCACCUCCUAA